AUGAAGCUUUCAGUUAAAUUCUUUGGUACUAUGGCCCAGCUAAAGCUGUACUGCAACUUCAUCCUGUACUGCGACAACAAUCCCACCACCUGCCGACUGUACACACCCGUGUACCACGACCGUGAUCACCUACCCUCCGCCUGGGUCGUCCGCGCCGCCGCCGGACGUGGUGACCACGGUUACGGCAAGUUGUCCAGCAACCACAUCCUGCGCUCCAGUUACAGUCACGCCGCCUCCGGACUGUACACGCCCAUGUACUACAACCGUCACGACUUUCCCAGGGCCACCAAGCACCUCAUCUGUACCCCGCCUGAUGUUGUUACCACUGUCACCGGGAUCUGCACCAGCACAGCACCUUGUGCUCCAGUUACCGCGACGCCGCCGCCUGACUGCACGCAUCCGUGCACAACAACGGUCACGACUUUCCCAGGACCAAGCACUUCGUCUAAUGCCCCAUCAAGCACCUCAUCUGAUACUCCACCAACUACCUCAUCUGUUACUACGCCCGUCCCUACGCCCACUCCUACGCCCAGUUCCACACCAAGUACCACGUCAAGUACGGCUACAAGUACACAGUCCGAGUGUGUCAGACCCGCGUGCCCUACUGGCGUCACACGUGCAACGUGGCCCGAUGCUUUUGGUGGCGCGGGCGACUUCAACCAGCGGUUCAACACGACUUAUUUCAAGGAAACUACUCCCAAUUCAGGCAGUCAAAAGACGGUGGGCAACUUCUCAGACAUUAGCGGCGCCCAGGGCAAUUUCCUGUCAUAUGAAUUCGCUACGUUCGUGUAUUCUUGUUCAGGAGGCGACUUCUCCUUUACCAUCGACCAUGCGGAUGAUAUCGGCCUGGCGUGGUUUGGUAACAGGGCGUGCGGUGAUUUCGAGAAGAACAACAAUCAGACGUACGCGAGCUGGCAGGGCGGAGCAGGCAACGUCACGUUCAAAACAACACUCGCGGCUGGACAGUACUUCCCUAUUCGCCUCAUCUAUGCCAACGCAGGGGGCCCGGCUUAUCUUGACUUGAGUGUGGUCGGGCCAAAUGGAACGAUAGCCGAUGAUCUGUUCUAUCCUGUAGCUUGCGAUGGAUCUAAUGCAUUCCUGCCGUUCGGGACGGAGAAGGCAGCUGGGCGUACCUGUGUCAGUACUUAG